UGAAGCUGCAUGCGGGGAUUUAUUAACCGUCUUCAUGCAUCUCAUCAUCCAUCGCGUUAGGGUUUCCCGGCAUUCACCCUCUCCUUCUCUCCCUGCUUGUACUCUUGUUGUCCUCACUUCCUGUGCCCGCACUCGCCGAGGAAGAGCUCGGCGUUGAAGGAUAUUACGAACUAGUCGCAGUUGGAUUGACGUCAUUUUGUCGUAAUUCUCCGGUUUCGAAAGAGGCUUUAGUUUGUAAAAGAAUCAGACGGUGUGACGCAGCCAUGGUGUUGUGGGAGCUCACGCUUGCCACUGCCUACGUGCUGGGAUUGCCGAGAACCUAUCGGCUUGCGUUGCGGUUGCAGCGACGCUUGAUUUCUCCCAAGUACCCGAAGCUGCGCGGUUUUGUCUACAGGCGCACGAAGGCUGUCUUUACAGUAGCUCUCAACGUGCACAAGGAGGUUCAACGACGAGAUAUCUCUGUAGGACGAAAUAUCGGCAAUCGUAUCUUGCGGUUCCUUGAUCGUAUGCGUCCACAGGCCAAUAUUAGAGGCUCAGAACCUACCCCUGAAGGAUCUUCUGUUUCCAAAAAACUUGUUCGAAAUAACAGAGCCAAGUCGGAUGUAAAGCAGGAAAAUUCAGCCAACAAAAGCGACCAGCAGAAUCCUCCUUACUCUGCCUACUUGGGCGUUCAAUUUGGCAAUUCUCUCCGAAGCCGGUUUGGUGAUAGGUUGGGCAGGCUCUCAUCUAAAACAAGACCUCAAUCCAUCCCAGUGAUUGCCAUGGGGUUAUGGUGGCAGCCGGUUCGUCAGAAUAUUGCGGUUGCUUUGACGAGAGGGACCCCAGCAACUCAAAGGUGGAGUUCAGAUUAUGCAAUGCUACCUAGGGCACCUUUAGCUCACAGCGCGUUUGCAAGGGGUGUGAUGCGGGAGGAUAUCGCUGCUAUGAUUCGAAGACCACUUUAAACAUGUUGCAACUAAGGUCUUUGUGUAUAAGAUUCUGUCCUCUUGUUUCAGAACUUGCAGUGCUUGCUGGAAGACGUUGGCAGCAGGGUCAAAGGGAUACAACCAGAUUCCAUGAUACCGCGUCAGAUUUAAGUGAGUUAUAGAGAAGCGGGUCUUGAGUGGGGAGGGAUUAGAGCCUACCGAAUAGCAGAUUGAUAUGAGGACUAUGUGGUGCUCGUACAGUAAAAGAAAGACUACACUGUCUUUUAGGACGCCAAGGUGUUUCAGGGCUUUGGCACAUGAAGCGUACACAUCAUCGGCUGCACUCUUGGAAGGUCAUGCUUAUUAGCUAUCGGUGAAGGGGUAACUACAAGCCCCUCUAGUUUGCUGGAGAAAGUAGACAGUACUUCCACAGGAGCUAUUCUUUUCAACUGAAAUAUCGUUGAUUCACUGCCUGUGAUUUUGUUUUCCAAAAACUAGCUGUAUAGUUUUCUGUGCGUGCAGUUUAGUCUGGUCGUCGCUAGUUCAAUCGCCAAAUAAGAGUUGAGAAUGGUCUUAUCUACUUCAUGGAAACUAUGUUGUGUCGUGCAUUGUGAUAUUGCACAACUAGAAACAGUAAAGACCUUAGUUUUUCUUUUCUUUUUUCUUCGUGUCUUAUUGAGUUUCUUUCAUUCCUUGGCCAUGUGCUUGAAGAGGAUCCUCCGGUUGUGCACUUCAAACUGGAAGUUGAAAUCAAUGAAGUGGAUAAUUUGUUCUUUA